CGAUCUCGAGUUUCCAGCGCUUGGAGGCUAAGCCAGACUCUGCCCGGGGCAGCAGAUCUUCCCUCUCUCUUGUCCCUCCCUUUGUUUCAUCGAAUCGGAUGGAUGUGGAACGUGAUGUGGACAUCGACAUGGAGGCCGCACCGCAACCGCGAACCGGUCGCAAGAGGCCCUUCGAGAGCCCACCGCCCGAGCCGUCCGCCUUCACGAACUCACCUGCGUCAUCAAACUACUCCUGCAAGCGCCCCCGGACGUCGAACGAGGGCAGCGAUGGUGACGUGGCCAUGUCGGGUGAGCACGACGGCGGCCAGUCCUCUGGCUCUGGCUCAUCGUCGCUCGGCGUCCGCGCCAUGAAUGCGUCGCUGCGGCAGAUGCGGCUGUCCUUCCACCCACAAGCUGCCACUGCUGCUGCACCAAACGGCAUCACCACCAGCAGUGCACCCUUCCCGAGUCUACCACAGCCACCGGCCGCUGAGCCGCCUCAGCCAGGGAUGACGUCGGCGUCGGCGUCUGCGUCUGUAUCUGCGUCGGCGGUGGUGGGGAUGGACGUCAGCGGUGGCAGUGGUUGCGGGACGCGUGUGUGUCAGUUGUGCGAGGGCAGGACUGUGGGCGGCGGCGGCGGUGGAGGUGGUGGGAUGGUGCGGUGUACACAUUGCGAGAGGGUGGCGUGUGGUGAGUGUGGCGGGGUGUGCGAGGCCUGCCGCCUGCCCUUCUGCCGACUCUGCACCACGCUCGAGUAAGCGACCAGCCCACUCAGACAGACAGACAGUCUGUUGAGAUUUGUAUGUUUGCUGCUGUUGGUUGUUGUUCAGUUACUCGUCGGAUUUCCCUUUGCUCUUCUGCCUCGACUGCGCGGCGCGGCGGUGUGGCUGAUGGAUGGAUGGAUGGAUGGAUGGAUGGACGGGUGUGCAGCGUAUGUGAUGGCUGGGUGCUGUGCUCCUGGAGCCGAGCCGGUGUGUGUAGAUCUGUGGCCGGGGGCUCUGAUGGUUCAUUGUUUGACGGACGGACAGGUGUGGUGUGUACAAUCGGGGUGUCGCAGCCGAGAGAUGGUUUGCAUGAGAACUGUAAGUAAGUUCGUUGUCUGUCUGUCUGUCAAGAGCAUAUAAACACCUGAGUGAUACCUGUUUCUGUGUGCGUCUCGCUGGCUGGCUGGCUGGCUGGCUGCACAUGGGUGGGGUGGGCUGGCGUGGCGUGAUGUCUGACGGAUGGACAAACGUGUGUCUGUCUGUGUACCCCUGUACACACAGCACCUUCAACACGAC